CGGACGUCGGCUGGGGCGUUUUCCUGGGUGCCGCGACUCUCAUGCUCGGCGUCGGCGUGCGGAGAAUCGUCAGCCCCGUCAACGCUAACACCGCGAUUUCCGAGGGGGCUCCUCCUUCCGUCCUCCCCGUCGGCCGACUGCGACGCGGGUUUCGCUCGGCGACGUGCGGCGGUUCGCUCAUCGCCGCCGGAAUCGUCACCCUCACCACCCUCACCCUCUCCCGCCGCUCCGUCGCCCCUUCACUCCGCGCGAAUCGCGUCUCGUCGAUGGCUUCGUCGGACGGCCCCGACGCGGAUCGGGAGCGCGAACUGCAGGGGCUCUGGGCGAACGCCUACGACGGAUGGAUCGACGUCCCCGGCGAGUCCGGCGGCGCGAUAUACACCCGCCCGGUGGACGCGCCCGGCGGCGUUCGAACCCACGUGCCGUUCCCACCCAUCGUCACCGCCUCCCGGCUGUUCGCGCUGACGGGGUUCAACCCGAUGGGCGAGGAGCGCCCCAUUGCGGAGAAUCGAGCCGCGAAUGAUAAAUUGAGAGCCGACAUCGAGGCGAUGACCCCGGCGCCCAAGGCGUGGUGGCGCGCGUUCGGGUUCGCGCACGACUGGCGCGAGGACGGUUUCGUGCUCGCGUACGAACCGCGGGACGGGGACGCGGGGGAAAAGGCGACGGUGGACCUCGCGGUAAAGUACGGGCAAGGCGCCAUCUACGCGUACACGGCGGUGAAUAACGCCGCGGGAUCGCUGCGCCGGCGGACGGUGCCCGCGGCGAUGGGGCAAACGGUCGAGGCGGACGUGGAGGUGGAGCGGUGCGACAGGCCGGGGCUCAAGUUCGCCGAUCCCGCGCUGCCGGACGAGGAGUAUUAGUAUUAGCGAGCGAGCGCGUCGUUGAAUGUGAGCUAUGAUAGUUUUUG